GGGGUCUGAUCAUCACCUGGAGCACGCACGCACUCGCUCCCCGCUCACCUGCCGCGGGUGGCCACAGCUCGCGGGCUCUGUCGCCUGCCCUGAAGGAGAAGCCACAGAGAGCUGCGAGUUCGGCGGCCCUGGUGGCGAGGCGCAAACAUGGGCCAGGCGGUCAAGUGGAACAGAAAGGGGGUGAUCGUUUGCGCCGUCGCGAUCGCCACAGGAGCGGUCUUCCUCGUGUGCGUCCGGAGUCACAGCGUGCCCAGGGAGCCGCGCGGACACGGGGAGACCUGGGGCCUGAGCCGCUACGAGCUGCCGGACAUGGACCCGCGCUUCCCCGUGAACUGCUCUGCGGUGGUGCGAGGCGACGAGGAGAGCAUCGCCGAAGCGAUGCUGCUCUCCAUCACCGUCGAGUUCAACAAGCGGCGCCCGCUCGCAGAGGACGAUUACCUGAGGAUGACGCGCGACUGCGAUGCGUUCAAGCGCGACAGGAGGUACGUGACGGUGCCGCUGAGCGACGAGGAGGCGGCCUUCCCCAUCGCCUACUCCGUGGUGGCCCACCACCGCGUGGACAUGCUGGAGAGGCUGCUGCGCGCCAUCUACGCGCCACAGAACGUCUACUGCCUCCACGUGGACCAGAAGUCGCCGCCGCCCUACCAGGAGGCGGUGCGCGCUCUCGCCGCGUGCUUCCCCAACGUCUUCCUGGCCAGCCGGCAGGAGCGGGUGGUCUACAGCUCCUGGCUGCGCGUGCAGGCCGACCUCAACUGCAUGCGGGACCUCGUGGCGGCGCCGCAGCCCUGGAAGUAUUUCAUCAACCUGUGCGGCCUCGACUUCCCCAUUAAAACCAACCUGGAGAUGGUGCGAGCGCUGCGCACCCUCAACGGGAAGAACAGCAUGGAGUCCCUGCACACUCCGCGGGACAAGACGGUGCGCUGGGAGAUACGCCACGAGAUCGUGGAUGGCGAGCUGCGCUCCACGCACGUCAGAAAGUCCCCUCCGCCCAUCCCCACGCCCAUGUUCUCCGGGAACGCGUACAUCGUGGUGACGCGCGCCUUCGUGGAGCACGUGCUGAGCGACCCCACGGCGCGGGCGCUCAUCGAGUGGGAGAAGGACACGUUUAGCCCCGACGAGCACCUGUGGGCGACGCUGCAGCGCCUGCCCGGGGUGCCGGGCUCCUCGCCGCCGCACGACAAGUACGACGUGGAGGACAUGAUGGCCAUCGCGCGCCUCGUGCGGUGGUCCUACAUGGAGGGCGACACGCUGCAAGGGGCCGCUUACCCGCCCUGCCGCGGCACCGUGGUGCGCUGGGUGUGCGUCAACGGCGUGGGCGACCUCCCCUGGGCGCUGCAGCAGCACCACCUCUUCGUCAACAAGGUUGACUCGGCCGUGGACGACGUGGCCGUGCACUGCCUCGAGCGGCACCUGAGGAGCAAGGCCCUCGGGGAGGCCGUGCGCCCCUGUGCCGGGGCCGGCGCCAGCACAGCCGCCUGCGAGGAGACGCGGCCCCGGCACGUGGCGGAGCGCGGGGCCUAAGAGGAGUCGUUUCGAUGGCUCCUCUUCAGAAGAGUCGUUCUGUGAGCCACGGCGGAUGCACGCCACGUCGCGUGACGAGGCACAUCGACGACUCUACGCCUUUCAUCAGUGAAGCCUGUUCCAUCCGGUGCCGUUGCUUGUACUUUACAAGUCGCAUUGUUGCCCUCACGUGGGGCGACCUCGCUGCCUCGCCCCACCGGUGACCUUCACCAUGAAUACCCACGCCUCUGGAUUCUCUGAUGUCUGAUUUUUAAGCGGGGCGCUAUGCUUUGCAAAAUUUUCAAAGACAUUUCUUUUUUUUAAUUUUCCAGGGCAGGCUAAAAAAAGCCCAAAAGGUCAAGAGACCAGCGACAAACGGCACUAUUUAUCAAAGUUCUUGCAUUGAGAGAGGUUAUUAGAAGAAUUUUGGAAGAGAGACGAUGAUGGGGUCGAUUUCCAAAGUGGAGCAGUGUCAGGAAAGAAGCAGAGAAGUGUUGUGACUUGCAGUGUGAUGAGUGAGUGAGUGGGUGAGUGUGUUGAUGUGACCUGCAGUAUGAUGAGUGAGUGAGUGGGUGAGUGUGUUGUUGUGACCUACAUUGUGGUGAGUGGGUGAGUGUGUUGAUGUGACCUGCAGUGUGAUGAGUGAGUGAGUGGGUGAGUGUGUUGUUGUGACCUGCAGUGUAGUGAGUGGGUGAGUGUGUUUGUUGUGACCUGCAGUGUGGUGAGUGGGUGAGUGAGUUGUUGUGACCUGCAGUGUAGUGAGUGGGUGAGUGUGUUGUUGUGACCUGCAGUGUGGUGAGUGGGUGAGUGUGUUGUUGUGACCUGCAGUGCGGUGAGUGGGUGAGUGUGUUGUUGUGACCUGCGGUGUGGUGAGUGAGUGAGUGAGUGGGUGAGUGUGUUGUUGUGACCUGCGGUGUGGUGAGUGGGUGAGUGUGUUGUUGUGACCUGCGGUGUGGUGAGUAGGUGAGUGUGUUGUGACCUGCGGUGUUUGGUGAGUGGGUGAGUUGUUGUUGUGAUCUGCAGUGUGAUGAAUGAGUGAGUGGGUGAGUGUGUUGUUGUGACCUGCAGUGUGGUGAGUGAGUGAGUGUGUUGUUGUGACCUGCAGUGUGGUGAGUGGGUGAGUGUGUUGUUGUGACCUGCAGUGUGAUGAGUGGGUGAGUGUGUUGUUGUGACCUGCAGUGUGGUGAGUGGGUGAGUGUGUUGUUGUGACCUGCAGUGUGGUGAGUGGGUGAGUGUGUUGUUGUGACCUGCGGUGUGGUGAGUGGGUGAGUG